AUGCGUGAGGCUUUGGCAGCGGAAGAAGGGAGCGUGGGAGAAGUUUCGAUUCAAGUCGAUUUGUUCACUCAUCCCGGUACCGGAGAGCAUAAGGUCACGGUCAAAGUCGUAGCGGCAAACGAUUUGAAAUGGAAUUCAAUCAGCGGAAUGUUCAGACCUUUCGUCGAAGUUAAUCUCAUCGGACCACAUUUGGCCGAUAAGAAAAGAAAACACGCGACGAAAUCCAAAUCAAACAAUUGGUCACCGAAAUACAAUGAAACGUUUCAUUUCAUCAUCGGGAGCGAAGAUCAAUUGGAUUAUUUCGAAUUACACAUUUGCGUGAAAGAUUAUUGUUUUGCAAGAGAUGACAGACUCGUCGGUGUGGCCGUUUUGCAACUCAAAGACAUCGUCGAACAGGGAUCGUGCGCUUGUUGGCUUUCUCUCGGCAAGAGAAUACAAAUGGACGAAACGGGUUGGACGAUUUUAAGGAUUUUGUCGCAGAGGACAAACGACGAAGUGGCAAAAAAUUUCGUCAAAUUAAAAUCCGAUAUACGACAAGAAAAUCCACCUCCUCCUUCUACUCAACAACCGGCAACUACUUAA